CAAGAGUCCCAAACCAACACACACACCUUUAUCUGAUAUUUCAACCUCUCUCCCCGAAGCUUUUAAAGCAAAUUAAUACGCAUCAAACAGGAAACACAUCGUUAGGUAACAUCUCCUUACUUUUAUGCUUCAAUAUCUUCUUUCUCCAUGGCCUGCCUUCAAACUCACCAUCCACGUCUUCCUCUUGUUCUUCUUCUUCAGUUCACCUUCUUCUUCAUAAUAAAUCAAUUUCAAUCCUCUGUCUCAGCAACUCAGAAAUCGCUCAUACUGCCCCUCAAAGCCCAAACAGUACUACCACGUGGAUCAGCAUCAAAACCUUCAGACAAACUCUCUUUCCACCACAACGUGACCUUAACGGUCUCCCUCACCGUAGGUUCGCCUCCGCAGAGAGUUACCAUGGUCCUCGAUACAGGUAGCGAACUCUCUUGGCUCCACUGCAAGAAAGCCCCAAACAUCAGCUCCAUAUUCAACCCACUUCUCUCUUCCUCGUACUCUCCAAUCCCGUGCUCCUCGCCCUUAUGCACAACCCGGACCCGGACCUUACUAGUUCCCGCUUCCUGCGACCCGAAUAAGCUCUGCCACGCGACUGUCUCCUACGCUGACGCCUCCUCCAUUGAAGGCAACCUCGCGUCCGAAACUCUCUACCUCGGAAACUCUUCCCGACCCGGUACGAUAUUUGCAUGUAUGGAUUCCGGUUUCAGUUCCAACUCCGAAGAGGACUCCAAGACCACUGGGUUGAUGGGUCUUAACCGCGGGUCUUUGUCGUUUAUCACCCAAAUGGGUUUCCCUCAAUUCUCGUACUGCAUUUCGGGGAGUGACUCGUCCGGUGUUUUGCUUUUUGGCCAAGAGAGUCUCACUUGGCUCCAACCAUUGAACUACACUCCUCUGGUUCAGAUUUCAGACCCGUUACCUUAUUUUGAUCGGGUAGCCUAUACAGUUCAGCUCGAGGGUAUUAAAGUUUCGGGUAAGAUUUUACCGCUUCCGAAAUCCGUGCUUGUACCAGAUCAUACGGGGGCAGGUCAGACCAUGGUUGACUCCGGCACCCAGUUCACCUUCUUACUCGGCCCAGCCUACACCGCAUUGAAAAACGAGUUUAUUCAACAAACAAAGGGAAUACUGAAUCUUUUGGAAGACACCAACUUUGUUUUUCAGGGAGCCAUGGACUUGUGCUACAGAGUCCCCUCGAGUCGGCCUAGUUUGCCACAGUUACCCGCUGUGACCUUGAUGUUUCAGGGGGCCGAUAUGGUGGUAUCGGGUGAGAGGUUAAUGUAUCGGGUACCAGGAAUGAUGCGGGGUGGGGAUUGGGUGUAUUGUUUCACAUUUGGGAACUCGGACUUGUUGGGCAUAGAGGCAUUCUUGAUUGGCCAUCAUCAUCAGCAGAACUUGUGGAUGGAAUUUGAUUUGGCAAAGUCUAGGGUUGGACUUGCAGAGGUUAGGUGUGAUCUGGCAAGUCAAAGGCUUGGCUUGGUAGAUUGAGGCAACACUUUUUAGGCCAAGUUUCCCUAGUCUUUUCUUGUGCAGAUUGGAACAGAAGGCAUACACUCAUAUAUAUAAUAUGCAAUCUGUGGAGGUGGAUUUUGCUAAGAGAAUCGGCACUUCAACAAUUUUCAUCAGUGUUUGCAUAAUUAGGUUUUGCCAUUACCUACCCCAUGACUGUACCAGAGGGGCUCAAUUAAUUGGGCUGUCCAUGACCUACACAAAUCAAUUAUUUUAUUUUAAAAUGUAUAUUUAUUGCUUGAUAUGUAGAUUCUAUGUAUCUCUAGGAUUUGGUGUAGUCGUGACUGGGAGUUAUUGGGGGAGCAGGUGGCUUCUGAGUGCACCUAGUACAUUCAUUUUAUCUUUGAAAUUUGCUUUAUCCACCAAAAAAUUUUGUAUAAUUUACUGAUCUGACGUUAUGUAAUGUCAAAUGUGUUUAAUAUUUUUAUUAUAUUGUAUUAUAUAAAAUUAUGUUAGUUUGAGAA